AUGAGUGCCCACAACCAAGCUUGGAGCAACUGUAAAGCUUUUUCAAAGCAAAUCGAAGCUCAAACUGAAUAUAAAACUCUUUUGGGUGCAUCAGUUAGUUGCAUGAGAUUUCUUUUGCGACAAGGGCUUCUGUUCUGUGGAGAUGAUGAAUAUGAAGAUUCAAACAACCAAGGAAUGUUUGCUGACCUUUUGAGAUUACGAUGUAAUUAUGAUGAGGAUAUAAAAGCUGUCACAUUGAACAAUGCUUCCUUAACCCUGAAGUUGACAUCAUCUGAUACUCAGAAGGACAUUGAAAUUGCUAUUUCGACGGAAAUCAUCAAUGCAAUCGUUAGAGAUAUUGGUGAUUCAUUAUUUUCCAUUCUUAUUGAUGAGUUUCAUGACAUGUCUUCACAGGAUCAGAUGGCUAUUGUAUUACGUUUUGUAGAUAAAGGUCAUGUAAUUGAGCGUUAUUUAGGUAUUGUGCAAGGUACCGACGACACCGCUGUCUCGCUUAAGGGGGCGAUUGAUGAUUUCUUUUCUACUCAUGGAUUAAGCAUGGCUAAGUUACGGGGGCAAGGUUAUGGUGGGACAAGUAAUAUGCAAGGUGAGUUGAAUAAUCUUAAGACACUUAUAGUGAAGGCGAAUGAGUGUGCAUUUUACGUCCAUUGCUUUGCUCAUGAUCUUCAUUCAACUCUUAUAGUCAUGUCAAAGAAUCAUUUAGAAAUUGUGGAUCUUUUUGCUUGGGUUGCUAAGGUGGUGAAUGUUGUUGGAGAAUUUGUUGAAUGUCGUGACACUCUUCGGGAGAAACAUGAUGUUUUAGUUUUUGAAGCACUCAAUACCAGCGAGCUUUUAAGUGAACAAGGUCUAAAUGAGGGCAGCUCCAAAUUUAAGACUUUGAUAAGCUUGUUUACCAUGUUCUCAUCUGUGAUAGAUGUACUUGAGGUCAUAGCAGAGUUUGGAUUAGAUUCUGAACAGAAAUCUAAAGCACGGGUUCUAUUGGGUCCCCUCCAGUCAUUUGGUUUUAUUUUUAGUCUACAUAUGAUGAUAAACAUUUUGCGAAUCACAGAUGGUUUGUCACAAGCAUUACAAAAAAAUGAUCAGGAUAUUGUGCAUAACAUGGAUGAUAGGUUUCUAACUCGAGGGAAUAAAAGAGAUCAGGUGAUCACAAACAUGCAUUAUUAUCGUGUUGAGUUGUUUUGUACUGUUAUAGAUAUGCAAAUUCAAGAGCUAAAUGUUCGAUUCACUGAAAUGAAUACAGGGUUGCUUCUUUGUGUGGCAUGUUUGAAUCCGAGUGAUUCAUUCUCUGCUUUUGACAAACAAAAGUUGAUUUGUCUUGCUCAGUAUUAUCCAAAUGACUUUUCUACACUUGACUUAAUGAUACUUGAAGAUCAGCUUGAGAAGUACAUUAUGGACAUGCGUUCUAGCAUCGAGUUUUCAGGAUUGAACGGGAUCGCUGAUCUUGCACAAAAAAUGGUUGAGACAAAAAAAGACUCUGUUUUCCCAUUAGUUUACUUGCUGUUGACAUUGGCACUUAUCUUACCAGUUGCAACUCCCAGGAUAGAUAGGGUGUUUUCUGCUGUGAAUAUUGUGAAGAAUCGAUUACGCAACCGAAUGGAAGAUGAAAGGAUGAAGGAUAGAUUGAUUCCAUAUAUUGAGACAGACAUUCUUGAUAGUAUCGACGAUGAGGUUAUUAUGCAACGAUUUCAAAAUAUGAAAAAUCGUCCAUGUCAGUUAUAA